CGCGCUCCGGUACGAAGCGUGAUGAUAGCAUCGCAGAACACUUUGUUUAUAAACUCUCGUGUUUGAUCUAAAUAAUGUAGAAAAGUUUGUGUUAUAUUAAUAAUACUGUCCAGUACUGACUGAUAAACUAGGGUUCGGUGUUCAGUCCUGAUAAAGAGUGAGUUAUAUAGUGAUUAUCGAGUAUAAAGAGGAUCAUGGCGGCUGCAGGAGUUUCUAAUGUUGGUGAUAUAGAGGAAGACGCGUCGCAGCUGUCGUUCCCAAAAGAGUUCGAAAAUUCCGAGACUCUUCUGAACUCCGAGGUGCACAUGCUUCUGGAGCACAGGAAACAGCAGAACGAGAGCGCAGAGGACGAGCAGGAGCUCUCCGAGGUCUUCAUGAAGACUCUGAACUACACGGCGCGCUUCAGCCGCUUCAAGAACCGCGAGACCAUCGGCAGCGUGCGCAGUUUACUCCUACAAAAGAAGCUACAUAAAUUUGAACUGGCAAGUUUGGCUAAUCUGUGUCCUGAGGCUGCAGAGGAAGCAAAAGCACUAAUUCCAAGUCUGGAGGGUCGGUUUGAGGACGAAGAGCUACAACAGAUUCUGGACGAUAUUCAGACCAAAAGGAGUUUUCAGUAUUGAGUUCUGUUUUCUUCUCAUGUACAGACGUGACGGCGCUGCAUCAGAACAUUUUUUUUAUAAUGUGGGUCCGAGACUGAGCAUUCCCUCCGCUCCUGUACAUUAAAUCAGGUUCCUCUUUAUUUUAGUACUGAAUUCCAUGUUGUUAAGUGUUUCAUAGAUAAAAUAAAUGUUUUGUGUUUGUAAA